ACUGAACUGAACAAAGACCCUGGGGUCAAAUUGACUCCAAACAACAACGAUGCUUCAAAAUGUGUAGAGGGCAUUGAAAAAAUAACAUCAUGUUCAUUUUAUGUUAUUUUAUCGAGUUGUCCCCAUUCAAUCUGAAGCAAAGAAAAUUAAUUGUGUAUUUACAGAUGUUAAACAUUGAAUGGGGUCACUUUUAUGUUCACUUUUUUUUAACAAGUUACCAAAAAUAAUUUUUACUUUUAUUUCAGAAUUAAUUGAAGAAAAAGAGGAGAAUGAAGAAUCAAAUGAAGUUGAGGAGAAAAAUCAUGUCAAAACUGGAGGAAAACCAAUUAGUUGCACUCAAACCAAACAGAAAGAUUUAAAGAAAAAAAGAGUCAAGAAAUCUUUCACCUGCACUCAGUGUGGAAAGAGAUUCACACACUUAACAGGUUUUGAGCGUCACAUGAGAAUUCAUACUGGAGAGAAACCAUUCUCUUGCGAUCAGUGCGGGAAGAGUUUCAAACAAUCCGCAAACCUGAAGAUACACAUGAACAUCCACACUGGAGAGAAGCAGCACGCAUGUGAUAAAUGCGGUAAAAUGUUUUUAUGGGCUUCACUUCUGAAGAAACACUUAAAAGUUCAUGCAGAGGAGGAGCCACAUCCAUGUCAUUUGUGUGGUAAAAGGUUUUUGCAUCCACAAAGUUUGAAAGUACAUAAGAAAAUACAUACUGCUGAUACAGAGUACAUGUGCUUUGAGUGUGAAAAGACUUUUAGUUCAGUGAGCAGUUUAAAACAGCACCAGAGGAUCCACACUGGAGAGAAACCUUACAAGUGUGCACACUGUGACAAGAGAUUCAGUCAGUCAUCAAAUCUGAAAACACAUGAGAGGAUCCACACUGGCGAGAAUUCUUAUAAGUGUUCACACUGUGACAAGAGAUUCAGUGAUUCAUCAACUCUGAAAAAACAUGAGAGGAUCCACACUGGCGAGAAACCUUAUAAGUGUUCACACUGUGACAAGAGAUUCAGUCAGUCAUCAAGUCUGAAAAGACAUGAGAGGUUCCACACUGGCGAGAAACCUUUUAAGUGUACACACUGUGACAAAAGAUUCAGUAAUUCAUCAAAUCUGAAAACACAUGAGAUGAUCCACACUGGAGAGAAACCUUAUAAGUGUUCACACUGUGACAAGAGAUUCAGUGAUUCAUCAAAUCUGAAAAAACACGAGAGGAUUCACACUGGAGAGAAACCGUAUCACUGCACUGUAUGUGGGAAGCAUUUAAUUCAGUCAUUUGUUAUACACAGUCAUAUAAAACAAUCACAGUAAGGCCCCGUACAAAUGGAGACACGUUUAGCUGUAUAUGUACAUUU